ACAGAGCGGAACGGGAAGCACACGGCGGAAACAUGCGAAGAGUGAGCCGGCGGUCCUGUGAGGAUGGCCCACUGCUGGAGGAACAGGAGACUGAGGGUCAGAGGCAGCUCCACAACCUCCUGCUGCAGCAGCUCCACACUGACGUGGACGUUGACAGAUGUGUAGCCAAGAAACAGUGCUUCGCCCCAGCGGCGUUGUACCGGCCGUUUGGUGAUCAGGCAGCUGGGGUGAGGAGUCUCUCCCAGUUUCAGGCCCUGCAGGAUGGAGAGAAGGAGCUGGCUAGCCUCCGGGAACUGGGUUUAACCGAGGCAGAGAUCCAGCUGUGGCAGAGCAGAGACGCACCGGAGGGAGCCGAGAAGUCCCAUGGUGUGUGCACAGCUCCAGGUGUGAAGCAGCAGCGCCUGCAGGUGAUCAGAGACAAGAUUGAAGCUCGGGCUGAACUCCUGGCCCGCCCACAGCGCUUCGCCUCCAGCCGGCCGCUGUCACGCCGGGAGAUGGAGAUCGAACAGUCACUUUUUCAGGGGAAUGAUCGUCUGGGCUUUCUUACUGCACUUUACCACAGAGAUGAAGAUAACCAGGAUGGCCAGCAGGGGGAGUCAUCCUCUAACCCAAUGGAUUCUCUCUACAAUGACGUCCUCAGCAAGGAUAAACAACGAGCAUCACGUCAGGACUUCCAGAAAGACACAGCUGUAGAAUCAGACACAUCUACUCAGAGAACUGAAUCUGACCAAUCACAGGACUCACAGAAGGACAGCAACCAAUUAAAAGAAACUCCUGAUCAUCAUUUAGAGUCACAGGGUGAAAAGAGUUGCUUGCCUGGACAGUCAGAGUGGACAUCAGUCACCUCAGAACAGCAGCAGGCUCAGGACAGACCGUCUGCUCGGACACAGAUAAAUAUCAAACAGCCAAUCAGGAGUCUGUGUGGAGCGGCGGGACCGCUGACUGUCAGAGGGGAGAUAGAGACGAUAUCAGAUGAAGAAAUCCUGAACAACAGAGAAUCUGAAGAGGGGAUCAAGAGCAUACCGAGGUUCAGAAACUACCAGCGGGGACAGCCCUCCAAGGUGCUGUGUGUAAAGAAUCUGAGUGCACAGGCAUCUGUGGCCCAGCUAGUGGCGCUGUUCUCCAGGUUUGAACAGGAGAAUGGACCGUCAGUCGUUUACCGCCUGCUGACAGGAAGGAUGAAGGGUCAGGCCUUCAUCACUCUGCCAGACGCUGAAACAGCAGAGAAAGCCCUGCAGUUGGUCCAUGGAUACCGGUUACACGGGAAACCUUUGGUGGUUGAGUUUGGCCGUGAGCGACAGGAAGAGGAGAAACAGAGGGAGCAGGAAGUGCAGGAGGGGAAUAAUUAGGACUUUUUAAAUGUUUAUUACUAACAACAACCUGAAGCAUGUAUGCUGUGAAUAAUGUUAUUUUUUAUAAUUUCAUUUGCAGAGGAAUACAUUUCCUUUGUUAACUUCACACAAAUAAACUCCUGUUCUAUUUUCA